GAGAGCGGCGGCAAGUUCGGCGCAUGCGUUCACGUCUGUGGCUGCUUUUAGGGCCGUGCUUUGCUGUGUAUUUUCACUUCCUUCUCUUCAGAGCUGUAUCCGGGUCGUUGCUUUCUCUAUUGUCUCAGGCAAACGGCCUCGGACUUUGCGAAUUCUGGGUCUUUUGUUGCAUCUGGUGCAGGCUAAUAAAGUUUUUCUUUCUUUUCUUUUCUUUUUUUUCUAACAGUUUUGACGGAGGAAAUUUACUGCCCGGGGCUGCUGGGGCCUGAGGGCGCCUCUGACAGGGGAGCCGUGGGAAGGGGCGCGAGCUGCAGGGGCCGGUUCGGCGAGGAGUAGGGGGCGGGGUGGGGGGCGGGAGGGGACCGGGGCCGCUCUAGAGGCGCCCGGGUCCGGUCGCUGCACCGAUUUUAAGUAGCAUCUUUCGGAUUUGUUGCCGCGGUAUCAGUCCCGACCUCGGCGCUGCCUGGGCUCUCGAAGCCUCUCCCUAGGUCUCCUCCAAACGACCACCUCACGGAUUCCUUAUGGAUCGCAGCUCCAAGAGGAGGCAGGUGAAGCCUUUGGCAGCUUCUCUGCUAGAAGCUCUCGAUUAUGAUAGUUCAGAUGACAGUGAUUUUAAAGUUGGAGAUGCCUCAGAUUCUGAAGGGAGUGGUAAUGGAAGUGAAGAUCCUUCAAAGGACAGUGGAGAAGGUUCCUGUAGUGAUUCUGAAGAAAAUAUUUUAGAAGAAGAACUGAAUGAAGAUAUUAAAGUAAAAGAAGAACAACUUAAAAAUUCUGCAGAGGAAGAAAUACUGUCCUCAGAAAAACAGUUAAUUAAAAUGGAAAAGAAGGAGGAAGAAGAGAAUGGAGAAAGACCUAGAAAGAAAAAGGAGAAAGAGAAAGACAAGGAAAAAGAGAAGGAGAAAGAAAAAGAGAAAGAGAAGGAAAGAGAGGAGAAAGAAAAAGCGACAGUAUCUGAUAAUGUGGCUGCUUCUGCUGCUUCUACCACACCAGCCAUAAGUCCUCCUGCUGUUAACACAUCUCCAUCAGUCCCCACUACAACAACUACUACAGAGGAACAAGUCAGUGAGCCAAAAAAGUGGAACCUUCGUCGAAAUCGACCACUUUUGGAUUUUGUAUCCAUGGAAGAGCUGAAUGAUAUGGAUGACUAUGACAGUGAAGAUGACAAUGAUUGGCGACCUACUGUAGUAAAGAGAAAGGGAAGAUCUGCAUCUCACAAAGAAGGAAGUGAUGGAGACAAUGAGGAUGAUGAAGAUGAGGGAAGUGGAAGUGAUGAGGAUGAGAAUGAUGAAGGCAAUGAUGAAGAUCACAGCAGCCCUGCCAGUGAUGGGGGUUGCAAGAAGAAGAAGAGUAAAGUUCUUAGCAGAAACAGUGCUGAUGAUGAGGAACUGACCAAUGAUAGCCUGACACUAUCUCAAAGCAAGAGUAAUGAG